AUGGCGAUGACGGCCCUUUUCAGGGGCAAGUGGGGUCAAAAGUCACAGGAGCCCCCUGAGAAGCGGCCCACAACACCGGUGUACUCCAAUCACGAGGAGGAUGAGGAGGAUGACAGGGUCAUCACCCCCAUCCGCAGGAACUCCCGCUUCUACCGUUCCAUGAGGAAGAAGAAGCUGGCCUCGUCAGAACAACCUGAACGUAAGAAUAGAAUACCCCCCUCUUCCCUUCUGCUCUGAAUUUCACCAACCAUCUGUGUCUUUUGUCUGCUACAGUGGACAGUCAUUCAGUUUGAGAAUACAAUAAUGCAUUCCAUUUGAAAAUACCUGGGAUUCAGGUAGCAUGGAAUAAUGAUAAUCUAUGUCUACAGCAGUUUUAGGAAAGUUCUGACGUUUGUCUACAUCUAACCUCAUGUAAGGUCCUAAUUCUGGAGUUUAAAGCUGAGCUGCUUGGGUAACUGGAUCUCUUUAGCAGUGGUGGGAAAAGUACCCAAUUGUCAUUAAGAUACCUUAAUAGAAAAUUAAUGAAGUAAAAUACUACUUGAGUAAAAGUGUGAAAGUGUUUGUUUUUAAAUAUACUUAAGUAUCAAAAGUAAAUGUAAUUGCUAAAGUACACUACAUGACCAAAAGUAUGUGGACACCAUCUCAUUCCAAAAUAUGGUGGUCCACCCUUUGCAAACCUUUAAGCAAACCAGACGGCAUGAUUUUCUUGUUUUUUUAAUUGACAGAUAACCAGGGGCACAAACACUCAGACAUAAUUUACAAACAAAGCAUUUGUGUUUAAUGAGUUUUCCAGAUCAGAGGCAGUAGUGUGUUAAUUGGAAAAUGUUCCUGUCCUGCCAAGCAACUGACAUUUAAAGAGUACUUAUUGGGUGUCAGCGAAAGCUUAUGGAGUAAAAAGUACUAUAUUUUCUUUAGGAAUGUAGUGGAGUAAAAGUAUAAGUUGUCAAAAAUGUCAAUAGUAAAGUACACAUACCCCAAAAAACUACUUAUGUAGUACUUUAAAAUAUUUUUACUUAGUUACUUUACACCACUGCUCUUUAUAUCCCAUUGAUGGACAGAAGAACCCCUGACCCCUUUCCUAAAAUCAGCCAGCCAGUCUGUCUGGGGUAUCAUUGUUGUUAUUCUGUGGUGUUCCAUAGAUCGCAGAACAGGAGCGGUUGUAUUGUUGGCCGGUCCUGAGAGCUAAUGAAAGCUAAUGAAACCAGAGGAACCGGUUCCAUUGUUUUAAAAUAUGAGUGAGUGAUACCUGUGUGAGUGAUGCAUGUUCUUCUAGCCACCCACCUUUAACCUCCAGCCUACAAGCUUCAUAUAGCCUGAGGCUGGAGAGGAGGAGAGCUACCGUCACUGAAAUACACCCUUCCCACUGGGCAAAAAGUGGUUGAAUCAACGUUGAUUCCACGGAAUUUCAAUGUGAUGACGUUGAAUCAACUUGGAAAACUGAUUGGAUUUGAAAAAAGUAAUGAAUUCGUAAGGGAAUUUUCACCCAACUUUUAACCUAAAUCCAAUAACAGGGUGAUAUUUUUUGUUGAUUUCACGUUGAAUUCACGUUGAAUUCACAUUAGUUGACAACAACCAAGUGAAAAUCUAAACUAGAUGUUGAACUGACGUCUGUGCCCAGUGGGUUGUUAACAUUUACUAAGUACCAUAAUAUAUUGCUAUUGUCAACAAAGUAUUCAGAUACAUGAAUGUGUAGGCCACUGGACGAUGUACUGUGUGACUACACUAGUGCGUUCUACGGCAGUACUGUAUGCUGUUUUUAUUUCAACCAUCCCCCUCUUUUUGUUUAUUACCCAAAAUAAAGAUGGCACCUGUACAUGGUGCAGGCUACCAUGAAUAGACAGACAGUUCAUUUCUCCAGGACUCUUUCCUGGUCCCUGGUAGACUUUGCCCAGCCUGUGGGAUAGGCUUUUAGUGUGUGAGGGACAUUACUUUAUAUAUGACCAGUUAGGUCCGGAGAGUCAGACGACCUAGUUAAACAAGAGCACGUUGUAAAAGUUUUCAUAAAACAUAUGGGACACUUAUAAAAUAGGAUGAAAAGAGGUGAUGCCCUUAGAUGAACUAAGCAUCAAAGACUGUAACCGUUGAUAUUUCCUUCUUGAAGGAUUUGAGUCCUUUGAGACAAUGUCAAACCAUUAUUCAACCUCUAGUCAAAGCUGGUUACGACUUUCAGUUUGGGGAUAACCUUAUCUUAUCUCUGUCCUAGUGCUCUUUCUUAUUAUGGGAGUUGUAUAACAAUUGUUGUUGAACUUUUUCAUUCCCCACACGCUCUCAAAACAAUUUUGAAUCUACAGGAAGGAUGUACAGUAAUGGGUAGAUGAGUUUAGAAAGAUAGGUUGAUGUUUGUGUAAACGACCUACAUGUUGGCUAGUAAGGAGUUUGUUGUGGAUGAUCUUACAGUACUGGGAUAGCUGCACUUUUAGUGCCCGAUUGUGGACAUGUGUUUUUUCUGUCUGUUGCUAUGAACAAGUGCUGUGGGUGCCCUUGUAUGGGAAUGGACUGGCUUUUUUUUAAUAGCUACUAAGGUGUAUGGGACUGGACUGGCUGUUUCAUAGCUACUGAGGUGUAUGGGACUGGACUGGCUGUUUAAUAGCUACUGAGGUGUGUGGGGCUGGCUGUUUCAUAGCUACUGAGGUGUGUGAGACUGGACUGGCUGUUUCAUAGCUACUGAGGUGUGUGAGACUGGACUGGCUGUUUCAUAGCUACUGAGGUGUGUGAGACUGGACUGGCUGUUUCAUAGCUACUGAGGUGUGUGGGACUGGCUGUUUCAUAGCUACUGAGGUGUGUGAGACUGGACUGGCUGUUUCAUAGCUACUGAGGUGUGUGAGACUGGACUGGCUGUUUUAUAGCUACUGAGGUGUGUGUGGGACUGGACUGGCUGUUUCAUAGCUAUUGAGGUGUGUGGGGCUGGACUGGCUGUUUCAUAGCUACUGAGGUGUGUGAGACUGGACUGGCUGUUUCAUAGCUACUGAGGUGUGUGUGGGACUGGACUGGCUGUUUCAUAGCUACUGAGGUGUGUGAGACUGGACUGGCUGUUUCAUAGCUACUGAGGUGUGUGAGACUGGACUGGCUGUUUCAUAGCUACUGAGGUGUGUGGGGCUGGACUGGCUUUUUUAUAGCUACUGAGGUGUGUGGGACUGGACUGGCUGUUUCAUAGCUACUGAGGUGUGUGGGACUGGCUGUUUCAUUUCUACUGAGGUGUGUGGGACUGGACUGGCUGUUUCAUAGCUACUGAGGUGUGUGGGGCUGGAUUGGCUUUUUUAUAGCUACUGAGGUGUGUGGGACUGGCUGUUUCAUAGCUACUGAGGUGUGUGGAACUGGCUGUUUCAUAGCUACUGAGGUGUGUGGGACUGGCUGUUUCAUAGCUACUGAGGUGUGUGGAACUGGCUGUUUCAUAGCUACUGAGGUGUGUGGAACUGGCUGUUUCAUAGCUACUGAGGUGUGUGGGACUGGCUGUUUCACAGCUACUGAGGUGUGUGGGACUGGCUGUUUCAUAGCUACUGAGGUGUGUGGGACUGGCUGUUUCAUUUCUACUGAGGUGUGUGGGACUGGACUGGCUUUUUUAUAGCUACUGAGGUGUGUGAGACUGGACUGGCUUUUUUAUAGCUACUGAGGUGUGUGAGACUGGACUGGCUGUUUCAUUUCUACUGAGGUGUAUGGGACUGGACUGGCUGUUUCAUAGCUACUGAGGUGUGUGUGGGGCUGGACUGGCUGUUUCACAGCUACUGAGGUGUGUGUGGGGCUGGACUGGCUGUUUCAUAGCUACUGAGGUGUGUGAGACUGGACUGGCUGUUUCAUAGCUACUAAGGUGUAUGGGACUGGACUGGCUGUUUCAUAGCUACUGAGGUGUAUGGGACUGGACUGGCUGUUUCAUAGCUACUGAGGUGUGUGGGGCUGGCUGUUUCAUAGCUACUGAGGUGUGUGGGACUGGCUGUUUCAUAGCUACUGAGGUGUGUGAGACUGGACUGGCUGUUUCAUAGCUACUGAGGUGUGUGAGACUGGACUGGCUGUUUCAUAGCUACUGAGGUGUGCGAGACUGGACUGGCUGUUUCAUAGCUACUGAGGUGUAUGGGACUGGACUGGCUGUUUCAUUUCUACUGAGGUGUAUGGGACUGGACUGGCUGUUUCAUAGCUACUGAGGUGUGUGUGGGACUGGCUGUUUCAUAGCUACUGAGGUGUGUGGGGCUGGACUGGCUGUUUCAUAGCUACUGAGGUGUGUGGGACUGGACUGGCUGUUUCAUAGCUACUGAGGUGUGUGGGACUGGACUGGCUGUUUCAUUUCUACUGAGGUGUGUGGGACUGGACUGGCUGUUUCAUAGCUACUGAGGUGUGUGGGACUGGCUGUUUCAUAGCUACUGAGGUGUGUGUGUGGGACUGGACUGGCUGUUUCACAGCUACUGAGGUGUGUGGGACUGGACUGGCUGUUUCAUAGCUACUGUGGUGUGUGGGACUGGACUGGAUGUUUCAUAGCUACUGAGGCGUGUGGGACUGGACUGGCUGUUUCAUAGCUACUGAGGUGUGUGGGACUGGACUGGCUGUUUCAUAGCUACUGAGGUGUGUGGGACUGGCUGUAUCAUAGCUACUGAGGUGUGUGGGACUGGACUGGCUGUUUCAUUUCUACUGAGGUGUAUGGGACUGGACUGGCUGUUUCAUAGCUACUGAGGUGUGUGAGACUGGACUGGCUGUUUCAUAGCUACUGAGGUGUGUGAGACUGGACUGGCUGUUUCAUAGCUACUGAGGUGUGUGGGACUGGCUGUUUCAUAGCUACUGAGGUGUGUGGGACUGGCUGUUUCAUAGCUACUGUGGUGUGUGAGACUGGACUGGCUGUUUCACAGCUACUGACGUGUGUGGGACUGGACUGGCUGUUUCACAGCUACUGAGGUGUGUGAGACUGGACUGGCUGUUUCAUAGCUACUGAGGUGUGUGGGAUUGGACUGGCUGUUUCACAGCUAAUGAGGUGUGUGGGACUGGCUGUUUCAUAGCUACUGAGGUAUGUGGAUGUGUAAAUUAAUCUCACUGUUCUGUCGGUGUAAUAAGUAGAACAAGUGUUCAGUGGAGUGUGUGGUGGACGUGUGUCCAUAGUAUUAAAUGGCCUUAUUUUGUCCAGGCUGCUAGGCUGUUGCAUAACCACUUAUUAGCAGACUGAUGGCCAAUGUACACAGAACAGUUAAGUCUGUUUCGAAAUUAUUUUUUAUUUUUCACUGGAAUCCUUCUACAAAUACCUGAACAGGGAUAUAUUAUGUCAAAGGAUUAUAUUAUUUUGUAUAUUUAUACAACGGGUGGGUCUAAUCCUGGAUGCUGAUUGGUUAAAACCGCAUUCCAGCCGGUGUCUCUUCCACAAAUUACCACCAGCUAAAUCUAUGACGUUGAAAUGCCUAUUUACUCUGUUCCAUCUGACUGGGUAAUCCACUGUCUCAUCAACUCAGCCAGGCAAUGUAUAUACUAGAUCUACCCUGUAAAAAGCAUCUAGACAUCUCUCAUUUCUUUUAGACUAGCAUUUGGUUUUCAACAGCAGAGAUUUGUAAUAACCUUGCUGGCUGUCUCUCCGACAUUUGCAACAUUGUUUCAAUAUUGAAAUUCGAUCUCCAGCUGUCCUAUGGUAAUGAACGCGUUGGGACGAGACAGACAGGCUGGCAGCUUUUCUCAGCCAGUCGAAAUCAUAGAUCAGCAUCAUUUUUAUGGACAUAUACCAAAAAAAUGUCAAUAGAAAAACACGAAAUGCAGCUAGUUUGCUGUCAAUCACUUCAAACUGAAGCUGGAAUGUGUUACCUGUGUAGUUGGCAAUCUCUUCUGAACAGUGGCCUGGCGAGAGAGCAAAUGUUCUUUGCCAGGCAAAAUCGCACAUCAUUAGCUCAUUGUUAUGGAUGUAUCUCCAAAACAUCACUAAACAGCUUAAACAAACGCAAAUGCAGCUACUUUGCUGUUUUUCUGGCUACACUGUUUGACGGGACAGUGUUAGUCAAAGUUAGCUAGCUAGUAAGCAAGGGAUAAGAACGUUGCCAGCCAUCAUAGCAACGGAACAUUUAGAACCAACGACUGGGUCGUAUCCAUAGAUUUAGAACAAAAAUACUUAACGACUGGGUCGCGUCUCUGGCAACCGAUAGCACGAAUGACAAGCUGGCUUGGGUACUAACAUUUAAUUGUGUCGGGACUAUAUCUCGUGGAAGUAUGAAAUAGUAUAAAUAAGUUCAUAAAAAUAAAGUUUUUAAUGAAAAUAUAUCAAUCAUUAUUUGAAUAUGUUGGUAACCCGUUGUAUAAAAGUGAUAAUGCCUGAGAAGCCGAUGUUUGGAGGAUAUAUAGGCAUGGUUACCGUCCCGAGACAAACCUGUGCCAAUAUAUCAUCCAAACACCGGCUUCUCGGGCAUUAUCACUUAAAUAGAACACCAUGUGCCUUUGCCCUAUAUGGUCUUAGAUCAGCAGAAAAGGGUGGCACUUUGCAACUCUAUUGAACUGAAGCAUAUCAUUAAUUACUUAAUGGGUGGGUGCAUAGAACUUCUGUUACAACAAUAACCUGGAACAUAUGGAAGCAACUGACCCCGAAUAAGUAGGAGGUAAUCUCAGAAAAGGGGAAUUUACCUGAGUUUGAAGGCUAGCUAUCCAGAUUGGCCCAUGCAAUCCGUAGUCCUUGGAAAGUCCCUACCCCAUUAAAGUUGUCAUUUUAAAUGGUUAAGGUAAGGGUUAGGGUAAGGGUUAAGGUUUAGGGUAGGGACGUCACAAGGAUCCGAGUUAAGAUUAGAUAGGUCAAAGAAAAGGAAGUACCUUGGCCACUGUCGAGUGUUCGGAAAAUUCAAACUGUAUGCCCAUUGGCCAGAAUCUUACAAUGCUAUCCCAUCAUCUCCCUACUCGAUUUACCUGAAGUCCCAGUGAAUUAGGGCAAAGAAAUAUGGAUAUGUAACAAGGCCACAGGAAUGUAUUACGAUUGAAGGAAUGUGACAUGCUUAUUUAAUCCUUAAUCCUUAAUCCUUGCAUUAUGAACACUGGAUUCAGUCCUAACAUGACGGCUAAAGCAGUCUCGUCUAGAAGUAGUGCAGCACUGGCUCGAUAUAUCAAUGUUUUCUUUCCAUUACUGAUGAUUUGUGCAAACACUUUCUAGAGACCUUGCUGUAAUGGAAUUUAUGAACCAUGAGUUUAUCAUUAUUAGGGAUGAAGUUUUUCCUGCUCAGGUCGCAUGGUCCUGAAAAACUGCAUCAGUUUAUAUAGAACCAGAAUGGAGCUGCUAGGCAAACAGUGCCAUUGAAAAACAAUCACUAAGUAGACUAGUUCAGCACUGGGAGGAUAACCCAGUUAUUCACGUGUCCCAGGGUACAGUAAUCUGCUGAAAACACACUCUCUCUCAAUCCAACUCAGGAGGCUCUCCUAGCAACACAUUCUUCCAUCUAAAGGAGGUUUCAAAGUCAUGACUACCUGCCAGUCAGCCCUGUACUCACUGUGUGUGUGUGUGUGUGUGUGUGAGUGUGUGUGUGUGUGUGUGUGUGUGUGUGUGUGUGUGUGUGUGUGUGUGUGUGUGUGUGUGUGUGUGUGUGUGUGUGUGUGUGUGUGUGUGUGUGUGUGUGUGUGUGUGUGUGUGUGUGUGUGUGUGUGUGUGUGUUUAAUAGAGGAAAAUAGAGAAAUAGUAUUUUCAUUUCCUUGUCCUUCACUCACUGUUCCCUCUUUGCUCACUCACCCAUUUCCCUUAAUCCUUACUUAUCCUCUCUCUCUUUCUCUCUCUCUCUUCCUCUCUCUCUCUCUCUCUCUUUCUCUCUCUCUCUCUUCCUCUCUCUCUCUUCCUCUCUCUCUUCCUCUCUCCCUUUUCUAGGCCCUGCAGUCUCUCUGAGGCCUGGUCCAGAGCCCAGCCCAGCCAGCAGGUCAGGCAGCAGCUCCCUCAGUGUCCCUGAUCUCCAGAAACCUCCCCUAUCUCCCCGGGCACGACGGUGAGCCUCGCCAUAAGCAAGCCCAGACCGAUUCAAACACAGACACCCAGACGCUCACACGCAGACACACACUCAAACUGAGAAGCAAACAGUAUAUCAUUGUCUUUUAUGAGCUGCCUUUCCAUUGAGUGAGAUAUGAGUCUAGAGCAAGCUGCACUGCUCUUUGUCCCAUAUAUUGUGUCAAGGAAUAUCUGUUUUCUGAAUGUGUUACAGUAAAAUUUACGUUUGAGUCAUUUAGCAGACGCUCUUAUCUAGAGCGACUUACAGUAGUGAGUGCAUACAUUUUCAUACUUUGUCGUUACUCUAAUACAGUUAUAGUUAUAUUUUCCUCCUCAUCUUCAAGUAGAGAUAUCACUCUUCCUUAUUGUUAUUACAGCUACUUAUUACUGUGUACCUCUUGUAUGUAGUACGCCAACAUCUCCAUGUCCACUCCAUUCUGGAACUGCGUUGCCAAGCAACGGGGAGCCCAGGAGCCCACACACACUUUCUAGCGUGGCCUCUUCCCCUCUUUGGACGAGGAGAGGAGGAGGAGGAGGAGGAGGGAGGAAGAGUGCAGAUGCUUCUCCAGCUAGCGGUCAGUGUGGAGGGGGCUCCACUUCCUCCUCCUCCGUUCCUAGCGCUCCGUUGUACCGGGCGCACGGCAUAAACACACACACUGAAGACAUGGAGAGCCUCUCAGAACGCACCGCCGCCGCCUGCUCCGUACGGGAGCCCGGAGGGGACACACAGUCACCGCAACCAGCAGAGGAGGAGGUCGACAUAGAGGGAGUCAAACUCAGGUAAAAAUAUGGGGAGGGGGAGAGGAAUUGUUGGGUUCUGCAAGUGGUAAUUAUGUGCUAGUUGGUAAUUGAUUAGUGAAAGUGCAGUAUGUUGCAGGUGAUUUAUUUCUGUAUAAUAAUAUGCUUAAGAGGGUGAGCUUUUUGAAGAGGUGCUCAGUGAAGUACUGAAACAGUGUGUAGUGAGCUAGGCAGGGUGGAAAUAGAGAAGUAGUCCUCAGAUUUUUCUUGCCGCAUUUCAACAAGUGUGCCUGUAGAAUGAGAGGAAGUGAAAGUUGCAGCAUUUCUGCACCUUCUAUCAAAUACAUUGUAAAAAAAAGAGUUUAAAUCUUGGGGCAUGAAUAUAUUCCUUAUUUUAUGGGAACGUGCCUUUUAAAAUGCAUAUUAUUGAUCUCGAGGAUGGAAUCUCUCAUAGAAGGAAUGUCUGUUAGAACAAGGAUCUAUAGGUAGCCUGUUGAGAUGUGAAUAUCUAGCAUUUCUCAUGCAGUGUUAGGCAGCCCACGCAAAAUGAACAGAUGGUAUUUGGACAAUGUGAAAUGAAAUGCUCUCAAUCUGACUCUCAUAGACCUCCAGAUGCUCCAAUGAGUUUCCUCGAAUUGUUGUAAAUUAUCGGAUGAAUACUGUUUUGUCGUUGACGUCAAGGCAUCUCCUUGCUCAUCGCUCAUCUUUAUUUUUCUCUCUUUUUCUUUCUCUCAUUCUCUCUUUCUCUACUCAGGUUGGUGAGCAACGGGGAAAGAAAGGGCUCAACACCAUUGAAAAUAGAAUCCAUCUGCUACAGUCUCAACAUUGUUAAGAAUAUUGGUGAGUAAAAUGUAGCCAGUAGAACUGUCAAUUCCACGCAAGGUGGAGGUAACAUAUGUAUUCCACCCACAGCACCACAACCUCCAGAGCUGCUGCUGCUCUAACAUAAUCAUAUUUUCUGUUCCACCACGCACACAUGCACAGGUAGUGGUACACACAAACACAUGCAGGUACACACAUGAAUGCAGGUAUGAACACACACACGCACGCACUCACACACACUGCUGUUAACAACAACAUAUCCUAUGACAAAGCCUUAAAAAUAACAAGAUUUCCCUUAAGUAGCAUCCAUCUAUCACUUACAACUUCACUGUGCAUGCGUCAAGGUUGAAGGUUAAGUUUAGUGUGUGGCGGGGCUCAGUUCUCUGUACUUACAGUAAUGGGUAUAGAUGAGUUCAGAGCAGGGUCAAAGGUCAGGUGCUGCACACCUGCAGAGUCAAAGGUCAGGUGCUGCACACCUGUUCUGUGGGUGUAAAUAAAAGGAUGUCCUUUGAAGGGAUGCAUUAAUGGAAUAACUCAGGAGAAAGUGCUUCUUGUCAACAUGUUGGUUCAAGCAUGCCUCUCUCUUUCUCCUUCUCUCUCAAUCUCACCCUCUCUUACCCUCUCUCGCCAUCUCUCGCUCUCCCUGUCUUUAUAUCCCUCUUUUCUCUCUCCCUCUCUUAUAUAAGUGUCAAUACCAGACGCCCACCUACAAUAGGUUAGCAUUUGAAUCUGACUAAGGGGGCUUAUGCAACUGUUUCCUGCUGUUCAACGUCACCUUAACCUCUAUGUAGCGUGAGAGGACCGAACACACGCAUGCACGCGCACACACACACACACACACACAGUGCCAAUGUUCUCCUCUGCAACUAUCCACCCUGCUUAUCAAUGUGCAAAUAUUCAGCCCUCUUUCACCUGAAACUGGCUGAGGGAGAGGUAAAGAGAAAGAAAGGAGAGGACUGAUAGAGAAAUGUGUAGUCAGUCAGCCACUGGUGGCCCGCCAACAUGCAAAGGAGAUGAGAUCCAUUAUUUCAAAGGAGAUGAGAUCCAUUCUUUCAAAGGAGUUGAGAUCCAUUCUUUCAAAGGAGAUGAGAUCUAUUAUUUCAAAGAAGAUGAGAUCCAUUCUUUCAAAGGAGUUGAGAUCCAUUAUUUCAAAGGAGUUUUGAUCCAUUCUUUCAAAGGAGAUGAGAACUAUUCUUUCAAAGGAGAUGCGAUCCAUUCUUUCAAAGGAGAUGAGAUCCAUUCUUUCAAAGGAGAUUAGAGCUAUUCUUUCCAAAUUGUACACAAUAACUCAUGUAGUUACAACUCCACGAUGUCACAUAAAUAUGAAGGGAAUGUUUUAGUUCUGGGUCACGGGGGUCAAUGUAAAGACACCAAAGUGUGGUUGUGAGUUAUACGUUUGAUUGCCCCAUGGGCCACAUAUGCUGUAUGAUGUGGCUUCGGACUAAAGUGUCUGCUAAAUAACCCUAAUAAUAUAUGAUUGUUAUCAAACCAAACAUGCCUGUUUCCUCAGACUCAUGUUGUCUUCCUUGUGUCCUUUGUUCUUUCUGUUUUGUCCCUUUUUGUCCCUCCAGCCUUCCUGUACCAGGAGUACCGGGACACAUCCAAGCAGCAGGAGAUCGAGCAGCGACGGCAGCAGGAUGGGUUGACCUCAGGGAUCAGCGCAGGGUUAGGGGUGACGUCCCCACCGGCCCUGCAGCUGCAACUGAGGAACAACUCCUGCUCUCUGAGUCUGUGGCAGAACCUGGAGGUUGUGCAGCAGAGCGGCCUGCUCACCCAGCUACUGCAGAGAGAGGUCAUCAUACAAGAGGUGAGAGGUCAAAGGUCAUACAGUAGAGGGAAAGGUCAGAGAGGUCUUACCUGAAUGGUAAGUGAGAGCCUUACAUGACCUGUGUCCUCUCUCUCUUCUCUAGGCCAUGUUUGAGCUGGUGACCUCAGAGGCAUCCUACUACAAAAGUCUGGAGGUGCUGGAGACCCACUUCCUGAAGAACCCUGUGCUGGUCAAAACACUCAGCCAAUCAGACAUGCACUUCCUGUUCUCCAACAUCAAGGAGGUGAUGAAGGCCAGCGAGAGGUAAAAGAAGCGUGUGUGACUAAUCAGCCCCCCCAUCCUCUCUGCAACGUUUGAUUACUGACCCCACUAAACUGCUGUUAAGCUUUCUGAAAGUAAAAAGUAAACAAGUCCUUAUUCAUCUUUCAUUCCAUAUCAUACUGUAAUAGUUGUAUGGUGAACUUUAUUCACUUGUCCCCUGCUGAUGAUGUCAUACUAUACAUCCUUCCUUAGGUUCCUGAUGGACCUGGAGAACCGCAUCGAACAGUCGCUCCAGAUCUCAGAUGUGUGUGACAUUGUCCACCACCACGCCGUCAAGCACUUCCACGUCUUUAUCACCUAUGUCAUCAACCAGGUGUACCAGGAGAAGAACUACCGACGCAUUCUGUGGGUACCCCUUCAACUAAUGUCUACAGUAGUAGGAUAUAUUGUGUAACCUCUCUGUGGGUACCCCUCCAACUAAUGUCUACAGUAGUACGAUAUGUGGUGUAACCUCUUUGUGGGUACCCCUCCAACUAAUGUCUACAGUAGUACGAUAUGUGGUGUAACCUCUUUGUGGGUACCCCUCCAACUAAUGUCUACAGUAGUACGAUAUGUGGUGUACCCUCUCUGUGGGUACCCCUCCAACUAAUGUAGUAUGAUAUGUGGUGUACCCUCUCUGUGGGUACCCCUCCAACUAAUGUAGUAUGAUAUGUGGUGUACCCUCUCUGUGGGUACCCCUCCAACUAAUGUAGUAUGAUAUGUGGUGUAACCUCUCUGUGGGUACCCCUCCAACUAAUGUAGUAUGAUAUGUGGUGUACCCUCUUUGUGGGUACCCCUCCAACUAAUGUAGUAUGAUAUGUGGUGUACCCUCUCUGUGGGUACCCCUCCAACUAAUGUAGUAUGAUAUGUGGUGUACCCUCUCUGUGGGUACCCCUCCAACUAAUGUAGUAUGAUAUGUGGUGUAACCUCUCUGUGGGUACCCCUCCAACUAAUGUAGUAUGAUAUGUGGUGUAACCUCUCUGUGGGUACCCCUCCAACUAAUGUAGUAUGAUAUGUGGUGUAACCUCUCUGUGGGUACCCCUCCAACUAAUGUCUACAGUAGUACGAUAUGUGGUGUAACCUCUCUGUGGGUACCACUCCAACUAAUGUAGUAUGAUAUGUGGUGUAACCUCUCUGUGGGUACCCCUCCAACUAAUGUAGUAUGAUAUGUGGUGUAACCUCUCUGUGGGUACCCCUCCAACUAAUGUCUACAGUAGUAGGAUAUGUGGUGUACCCUCUCUGUGGGUACCCCUCCAACUAAUGUCUACAGUCGUACGAUAUGUGGUGUAACCUCUCUGUGCAGUAGUAAAAUAGGGAUGGUGUUGUGGUUGGUAUGGUAGCUGUGCCAAACUGUUGCCCAUCACAGAUAAUUAUUUUCAAUUAAGAGUUGACAGUUCAAAUCAUGCUUGAAUUGAGUAAGACCAUCUAUGUGAUUUAUGCGCAGUAGACCUAUGUACUGUGUGUGUACUGACUGAAUAACACAGGACUUUCAGCACAAUGGAAAGUGGCUGUCCAUCAUAUUGACUGAACAGAACAAAUCCUUGAGAAAGAACCCUGAGCUGUGGCUAUGAUAACAGCAGAACCCUAUGAUGACAACAGAACUAUAUGAUAACAACAGAACCCUAUGAUAACAACAGAACCCUAUGAUAACAACAGAACCCUAUGAUAACAACAGAACUCUAUGAUAACAACAGAACUCUAUGAUAACAACAGAACACCUCUGUCUUGAAUAACAUUCUGUUCACCUGUCCUGAUCUGGAUGAAGCACACACUUCCCCUCUAUAUGUGUGUAUAUCUGUGUGUGUGUGUAUUUAUGUGUCUCUGUGUGUGUAUGAGUAUGCGUAUGUGUCCAUACUUGUGUCUGGGCGGAUUCGUCUCUGUGCCUAUAUAUGUAUGUCUGUGUGUGUAUGUGUGAGUCAGCCUGUAUUUGUGUUUUUAAUGAGAGAACCGAACAGGGUUUGCAUUGAUAAUGAAGGCAGGCAGGCUGCGUUGUGAGGUAGCAGCAGUAGCAGGGUGUGGUUGGUUGUCAACGUAGAUGUCUGUCCUGUCCCUCACCACCAUCACCACAUACCUGAGAGAGAGAUUGACGCUCCCACGCAGGCAGCCCUACAGGACUGACAGCAUGGAUGGUAGAGACACACCGGGAGCUGAGCCAGUUACCAAUCACCAGACGCACACUGGAAAAAACAUACCAUGGAGUUUAGAGCUGUGAAGCAAUACCCAAAUAUGACAUAUCAAGAGAUUUAGGGUAGGAAUUGGGGCCUGAUUUUCGGAACUCCAUCACCUACAUCACCUAUCAUAUCACAUCACAUCAUUACAUUACAUUUACUCAUACCUCAGUGAUUUACAUGUAACUGCCAAAAUAAAGGAAACACCAACAUAAAGUGUCUUAAUAGGGUGUUGGGCCACCAUGAGCCAGAACAGCUUCAAUGUACCUUGGCAUAGAUUCUACAAGUGUCUGGAACUCUAUUGGAGGGAUGUGACGCCAUUCUUCCAGAAGAAAUUCCACCAUUUGGUGUUUUGUUGAUGGUGCUGGAAAACGCUGUCUCAGGGCAUAUGGUUUGCAUCUUUUUCAUGCUCAUCAAACCAUUCAGUGACCAAUCGUGCCCUGUGUGGAAGGUGGCAUUGUCAUCCUAUGGGGGUAUAGCCAUGGUAGCCAAAAUAAUGGACUGCCCAGCAUUUCUAUACAUGACCCUAAUCACAAUUGGAUGUUAAUAGCUUCAUUACUCAGGAAUAACACCUGUGUGGAAGCACCUGCUUUCAAUAUACUUUGUAUCCCUCAUUUACUCAAGUGUUUCCAUUAUUUUGGCAAUUACCUGUAUGCGCUGUACUGACAUGUUCCGUAUAAUGUGAUAUAGUGACCGUUAACGACAUACAGAACAUCAGUGACUAUGCUGUGAGUCACCUAGGUAUUGGUGACGUUAGUGUGAGCAGCUGUUUUGCUCUGCAGUGAGUGCAUUCUCCCCUCAAGGCUGGCUGGGAGAUUCUUAAGAGGUUUUCACUGCUACCUCUCAUUCCUAACCAGAUUAUUGACAGGCUGCACGUAGCUUGCGUCAAAAUUUAGCAAAGGCGAUUGUUGCCCUCUCUAUGCAAAAAACACCUCUCAUUCUUAUAAAACACAGUGGGAAAGAACUAAGCUUGCUGAGCUAGAAAUCAGGCUAACUUUAGAGAGGUAGACCUCUGCUGGGCAUUUGGUUGUACUGCCAAGACAGGGUGAAGUCAUAGUUAACAGGUGGCUGUGGUUUUUCGUAGGACACAUCGUAUGGAUGGAUGGAUUUGUGUGGUCUGUGUGUUUGGACCUGCCUGGAUGACGUCAGUGUGGUGAUUUGUUGCUCUGAGUAAAAGUUCCCCUAAUAUCAUAAAGCAUUAGUAGUAGUAGUCUGUUGCAACAUCUAUCAACUCUGUGAAGCUUGUCUACUCUCUGCGUAGGCCGUAUGUUGUCAGACAAUCUCACUGAUUCAGUCUGUGGUUGUUUGAACAUGCUUGUGUUUUGUGUUGGCUGUCUUUGUGGUGGUUUGAACAUGUCUGUGUUUUGUCCAGACAGGGAAACCAGUCGUUCCGCGAGACCAUGGUUCAGCUGGAGAACCAUCCGUGUGUCCGAGGCCUCUCCUUCACCUCUUUCCUCAUCCUCCCCUUCCAGAGGAUCACAAGACUCAAAAUGCUGGUCCAGGUAAGUGGAGCAAGAGAGUGGGCUGAACCAAGACGGUAGAAAGAUGGGGGGAGCAUGGCGUUUCUGAAAAGCGAGUUGUGAUAAUGCUUUACUGUGUGCUAACAUAUGGCAGUAUCAGUAUUCAGGAUGUAAUUUUUGCGUUGAGCUUCUGAUGCUGUGUUUGCUUGCAGAACAUUCUGAAGAAGGCGGAGGGGGAUUCCGAGAUGGAGGCCAAUGCUAUCAAGGCUCACCAGCAGCUGGAGCAGGUACAGUAGGGAGGGGUGCUGACUUUGCUUGGGUCCAGUACUGACACAGGUACAGUAACAGUACCAAACCAGUUUACAGUGCCAAACCAGUUUACAGUACUAAAAAAGUCUGGGAUUUGGUUCAGUACUGGCCUGGGGCGUGUUGGAGGAAGUAAUGCUGGUGGUGAUUAUAGGCUCAGGGCAUGUCAUGGUGUUGAGUGUUACAUUAAAUACUUUAGUCAUUUAGCAGACGCUCUUAUCCAAGCACUUACAGGAGCAAUUAGGGUUAAGUGCUGCUUAAGGGACAUGACAGAUUUUUCACCUAGUCGGCUCGGGGAUUAGAACCAGCGACCUUUCGGUUACUGGCACAACGCUCUUACCCACUAAGCUACCUGCCGACCCAUCAAAAACAAUCAUUGCCAUCAUCAUGUUGGGGAGACUUAGUGUUGUCACGCCUCUCUAUGCUUUGCAUGGAAUGAUGAUUGUCAUGAUACCACAAACGAAGGAAUGUGGUUUUAAUUGGAGCAUAGCCUCUACAUAAAUAUAGGGUUUGCUCUCUGAAACAGGUUCAGCACCCAUUCCUUUGAAGUCACAAUUUGCAUAUAUUCUUUGGCUCCCAGUAAUGUUUUGUUAAAGAGAUUCUCCGGUACUUUUGUAUAUUUUUUUGCCAGUAGUUCAGAAAGUAGCGCUCACGAUCCAAAAGUGGUCUGCAAAAAUGUAGUACUACGUCACAUAUGUACAGAUAUGUUAACCACGUCAUUGCUCUCUCUCUCUCUCUCUCUCUCUCGCUCUUCUGUCUGUGCAUCUUGCUAGCUGUCACUCAAAUGGCGAGGGCUGAAGCUCAUUGGCUAGAACUGGAAUUGCUAGGGGGCUGGCCCCCGUGUGGGAAAAUGUAGGGAAAAUGGCGCUGCAUAGCUUCCAGUAAACAGUCGCUUUCAAACUAGGGAAUUUGUGGCUAAUUGAGGUAAGACAGUAACUCUGCUUAUAGGUGAUGCAUGUUUAUACCAUGGCAUUGUUGAAUACUCCUUUCUAAUUGGCUUGAUGGGCAUUCUAGAGUGUGCAUUAUGUCCCUAUAACGCACGGUAUAUUUGCACGUCAGAAUUCAAUGGUUAUAGUUCACUCUUACAUGUUUUGUUUGAGCUGCUGUUGAAUUCAAUUUUCAUAAUAGCAAGCUAGGACUGAUGUUUUGGUUAGCUAAACUAGCAAGUCUGUUUGGUUACCAUGGCAACUACUGUAGCUAUCUAGCUACUUCAGUGGAUGUUGAACACAUUUCUACUGGCAAAUGAACACAUUUCUAGCAGUAAUGUGUUAAAUUAUGGCCAUGGUAUAAAAGGGACAAUCAACUCUGGCUCUAUGCGUUCUCUGGAAAAUAAUGCAAGUCUGUGGAAGGUCAGUUCCACUUCGCUAGCGUGGAAAACCCCUUACACGUCAUUCAUUAUUUUCCAUAGAACGCAUAGCCCCUCGUUGAUUAUCCCUUACAUAAUCUACACAUUGACACAUUCAGCCCAAAGCAGGAGGUUUAAAAAAAUACUUACUAGUCGCCAAAGUUCCGGAGCAUGUCUUUAACUGACUAUAUACAAUUCCAAGGGAGUCUUGGGAUUUGUUCCUUAUAUAAUGGUUUGUUUGUGUGCGUUUCAGAUUGUGAAGGAGUGCAACGAGGGUGUGAGGAAGAUGAGUCGUACAGAGGAACUCAUCAGCAUUGAGAAAACACUGGAGUUCAAGUCUAAGGUACCUGCAGCCGCCAGUCAUGUGACAACAUUCUGUAUAGUCAAACAGUGACACUGCCAGACUGACACAAACAGACUUGGUCAAAGGUUAUCAAUUUCAGUUAGGUUCAUAGCCUGUUUGAAUCCUUUGAUGUCGAUGGACCGAAAUGUUGGCAUUUCAAAUAUAAAAACUCUGAUGUAAAAAAAGAGAUCUCCAUGAUCUAUAAUAACCCUGAGUUGAACUCUGACCUUGUAAACUGUGACCCUUUCCCUCCAGUCGGUGCCGGUGAUCUCCCACUCCCGCUGGCUGCUGAAGAAGGGUGAGGUGCAGCAGAUGGCCGGGCCCAAGAGCACUAGGACCAUGCGGAGCAAGAAGCUCCACCACCCUGUCUACCUGUUCCUCUUCAACAACCUGCUGCUCAUCACCAAGCGCAGCUCCAGGUCAGCACAUGACAUCAUCACACAGAGACAGCUAGUGGUUAUUGGGGGUCACAGUGCACACCCACUUUCAGUUUGGGACUUUCUAUUGCUCCCCCUUACAACACAUUAUUUUGUAUACAGGUAGUUUCGAAGUCUACACUCGUGGUCAAAAGUUUUGAGAAUGACACAAAUACUAAUUUUCACAAAGUCUGCUGCCUCAGUUUUGAUGAUGGCAAUUUGCAUAUACUCCAGAAUGUCAUGAAGAGUGAUCAGAUGAAUUGCAAUUAAUUGCAAAGUCCCUCUUUGCCAUGACAAUGAACUUAAUCCCCCCAAAACAUUUCCACUGCAUUUCAGCCCUGCCACAAAAGGACCAGCUGCCAUCAUGUCAGUGAUUCUCUCGUUAACACAGGUGAGAGUGUUGACGAGGACAAGGCUGGAGAUCACUCUGUCAUGCUGAUUGAGUUAGAAUAACAGACUGGAAGCAUUAAAAGGAGGGUGUUGCUUGAAAUCAUUGUUCUUCCUCUGUUAACCAUGGUUACCUGCAAGGAAACACGUGCCGUCAUCAUUGCUUUGCACAAAAAGGGCUUCACAGGCAAGGAUAUUGCUGCUAGUAAGAUUGCACCUAAAUCAACCAUUAAUCGGAUCAUCAAGAACUUCAAGGAGAGAGGUUCAAUUGUUGUGAAGAAGGCGUCAGGGCGCCCAAGAAAGUCCAGUAAGCGCCAGGACCGUCUCCUAAAGUUGAUUCAGCUGCGGGAUCGGGGCACCACCAGUGCAGAGCUUGCUCAGGAAUGGCAGCAGGCAGGUGUGAGUGCAUCUGCACGCACAGUGAGGCGAAUACUUUUGGAGGAUGGCCUGGUGUCAAGAAGGGCAGCAAAGAAGCCACUUCUCUCCAGGAAAAACAUCAGGGACAGACUGAUAUUCUGCAGAAGGUACAGGGAUUGGACUGCUGAGGACUCGGGUAAAGUCAUUUUCUCUGAUGAAUCCCCUUUGACUCUUUGCAUAAACUUAAUGUAAUUGUCAAUAAAAGCCUUUGACACUAAUGGAAUACUUGUAAUUAUACUUCAGUAUACCAUAGUAACAUCUGACAAAAAGAUUUCAUAACACUGAAGCAGUGAACUUUGUUAAGACCAAUACGUGUGUCAUUCUCAACUUUUGACCACGACUAUACUACCUGCAAAACUGCCCUGUGCUCACAGGAGGCUUUGUUUAUGUGUGUGUGUUCGUUUGUGUGUGUGUCCCCGUCAGUGGUGAGAAGUUCCAGGUGCUGGACUCGUGCACGCGGGCCAUGCUGAGGACUGAGGACCUGGAAGACCAAGGUCAGAUGCUGGCCAACGUGUUCAACCUGAAACUCCUGGAGAACCAGGAGGAGAGGUCUGUCAACUACAUGCUCAAGACCUCCAGCAUGUGAGUGACUACAACUAACAGUAUUAUAUAUGAGCCUCAAGCCCCCUUGGCACCUAGUGUACUCUGUACAGUCCUUCUCUGUACGUCAUGGUUUAUAACGGAUCAAUCUCCCAUGUGUGCCUGUAUGCUGCUGCCAGGAGUGAUAAACUGCGCUGGAUCUGUGCUCUCACGCCAAACCGCCGCACGCGAUUCAUGUCCACCAUCGACCAUCUACCAGGUGAGACAUACACAAAGAUGACACACACCGACACAGAGAUGACAUCCACUACUCACAGCUGAACUCUUAGGUACCAAAUUACAGGUGGUAUAUACACUACAUGACCAAAAGUAUGUGGACACCUGCUCGUCGAACAUCUAAUUCCAAAAUCAUGGGCAUUAAUAUGGAGUUGGUUCCCCCUUUGCUGCUAUAACAGCCUCCACUCUUCUGGGAAGGCUUUCCACUAGAUGUUGGAACAUUGCUGCAGGGACUUGCUUCCAUUCAGCCAUUAGUGAGGUCGGGCACUGAUGUUGGGCGAUUAGGCCGGGUUCGCAGUCAGCGUUCCAAUUCAUCUCAAAGGUGUUUGAUGGGGUUGAGGUCAGGGUUCUGUGCAGGCCAGUCAAGUUCUUCCACACCGACCUCAACAAACCAUUUCUGCAUGGACCUCGCUUUCUGCACAGGGGCAUUGUCAUCCUGAAACAGGAAAGGUCUUUCUCCAAACUGUUGCCACAAAUUUGGAAGCACAUAAUCGUCUAAAAUGUCAUUGUAUGCUGUAGCGUUAAGAUUUCCCUUCACUGGAACAAAGGGUCCUAGCCCGAACCAUGAAAAAUAGCCCCAGACCAUUAUUCCUCCUCCACUGCUCCAGAGUCCAAUGGUGGCGAGCUUUACACCACUCUAGCCGACACUUGGCACUGUGCAUGGUGAUCUUAGGCUUGUGUGCGGCUGCUCGGCCAUGGAAACCCAUUUCAUGAAGCUCCCGACGAACAUUUCUUGUGCUGAUGUUGCUUCCAGAGGCAGUUUGGAACUACGCGCUUCAGCACUCGGCGGUCCCGUUCUGUGGGCUUGUGUGGCCUACCACUUCGCGGCUGAGCCUUUGUUGCUCCUAAACGUUUCCACUUCACAAUAACAGCAUAGUUGACCAGGGAAGCAGGGCAGAAAUUUGACGAACUGACUUGUUGGAAAGGUGGCAUCCUAUGACGUUUCCACGUUGAAAGUCACUGAGCUCUUCAGUAAGGCCAUUCUACUGCCAAUGUUUGUCUAUGGAGAUUGCAUGGCUGUGUGCUUGAUUUUAUACACCUGUCAGCAACGGGUGUGGCUGAAAUAGCUGAAUCCACUCAUUUGAAGGGGUGUCCACAUACUUUUGUGUAUAUAUAGUGUAUAUUAUUAAUGUGCCAUGGUGUGUGUGUGUGUGUGGUCAGCCUCUCUCCAGGUCCAGUGUAUUCAGUCGUACUCAUCUCAGGAGCCAGAUGAGCUGUCCAUUGAGAUGGCUGACGUGCUGAACAUCCUGGAGACGACAGACGAUGGUGAGACCAGACAACAUAUCUCCUGAGAGAUGUUAUUACUAGGAGCUCUACUGUAGAUUCACCAGGCUGCCUGUUAUUUAAUAUCCCUCCCUUUACUCCCUCUGUUUCUUUAUCUACACUCCUCUUCCCUCUCUCCCCGCUCUCCCUCUCUUUCUCCCCUCUAUCACCCCCUCAGGCUGGAUGAUGGGUGAGAGGCUCCAUGAUGGAGAGAGGGGCUGGUUCCCCUGUCGGGUGGUAGAGGAGAUCCAGAACCAGGAAGUGCGGGCCCAGAACCUCAGGGAGUGCCAGAGGAUCCACCUGGCCCAGGGAGGGGGCGCUUCCUCAGGGGCCAGACUGGGCUCCCGGGGGGCCAGACGCACCCCCAAAACACCCAAAGUCUCCAACUUCUUCGGUACCUGGACUGACCAGUCAGAGGAGGGGCAGUGAAGCACAUAAUAUUCCACCCUGAAAGUGAUUGGUUGGAACCCCCUGGCAGCAAUCUUUACUGGACCACAUGGCUCAAAUGACAGAGAUCAUGUGAUUUGAGCAUGGGAUUGCAUUGGAGGAAAGUGACAUCAUGCAAUGACAUUAUUUCCUGUUAACUGUUUCCCCUUCUCAGGUGGUUUUGGUGUGCCAGGGUUUAGGGUCCCAGGCUGCAGGGUUUAGGGUUUAGGGUCCCAGGCUCCAGGGUUUAGGGCCCCAGGCACCAGCGUUUAGGGUCCCAGGCUCCCUCGAUGGGUCCUACGAUCAGAGCACUUCUUCCAUAACUCCAACACACUGCAUGUCUUACACUACUUCAAGUGGAAUGAUUCAGCACUAACAGUCUAACUGUAAAACAAGGCUCCAGUAGAAUAGGAGCUAUGCAUGUGAUGGGAGAAGAAACAGUUUAAGGGGAUGGUAGCAUGUGAAUGUAUUGUAACCUUGCCUCAACUGCAUGGGUGUGUUUUUGUUCUUUCAUUUUUUUUAAGCGCUUCUUUGCUAGAGAGUUAAAUCCCCCAGAACAAUGGCUUGACGAUCCACCCUUUUGUAAAGAGCAACUCCUCUAUUGAAACCAUACAAGAAGCAAGUUUUAAAAACAGGCCACCGGCAUUGAAUGGAAAUUAACCGGGAAUGUUUCAUGAUUCUGUACGGUAAAUAGAACAAUCACAUGACAGAGUGCUCAGUAUUGGGCUGGAGGUAAUCGACUGGAGAAGACGAGCACUACAGAAUCACAGGCCUUGCUUACAGAGUGGACAUGUGUUCUGGGGGUCAGUUCCCUCGCCAAUACUGAUAUGCCACUUACACAUGCACGCACGCUGACAUACGCACACACACACACAAUCUUGGGGAAAUCCUGCACAACCUGUCCAACACCAAAAACGCUCCACGGACACCUGGUCCUGAAGCAUCUGCACAGAAAGUGCCAGCACACUGACAGCACUGCAAUGGCAUGCGAGUGACAAAAUGUUUGUGUGUAUGAUGAGUAUGUGUACGUGUGUAUAUUGUAAGCCUUGAAUGUUCAGUAUGUAAUGAAAUAAUUACUGAAUAAUUG